AUGGGUUGGGAAAAGUUCAGGAACAAGGAACACUUUAAAAUCAUGUUGGCCAUCAAUGCGCUGAAGAAUAUAGUGACGUUCAAAUUCAAAAAGAAUGCGAAGAAGUACACAGUCGCCGAAUGUCCAUCAAAGAUAUGUGAUUGGAGAGUGUUGGGGUGUCAAGUUGGCGAGUCGGCGUUGUAUGAGGUGAGGAAGGCGUGUUUGAAGCAUACAUGCCACCGGGAUACAAGAAAGAAAUUUUCAAAACAUGCUACUUCUAAAGUCAUGGCGGCUCUGCUGAAGUCUAAGUAUGAGAAUGCAAUAGUUGGGCCACGUGCGAGUCAGCUACCUGCGAUUGUUCUCUCCAAAUAUAAUAUUACAGCCUCGUACUGGAAAUGCUGGAAAGCUAAGGAGCUGGCUAUAUACUCUGCUCACGGAACAGAGGAGACUUCUUUCAAAUUAUUACCGAUUUACCUCCAUGUGCUCAAGUAUGCUAACCCCGGCACCAUAACGCAUUUGAUAACCGAGAGCGAGAGAGAUGAAAAAGAAGGAAAAUGUAUUACCAGGUUUAAGUCCGUAUUUACGGCAUUGGCUGCGUGUAUAUCUGGAUGGAAACAUUUGAAACAAGUAGUUGUUGUUGAUGGGACUCACCUCACUGGUAAGUAUAAGGGUUGUCUAUUAACGGCCAGUGGACAAGAUGCUAAUUACCAGGUCUUUCCAAUAGUGUUCGCCGUUGUUGAUGCAGAGUCUGACAAGACGUGGAGGUGGUUCUUUGAGAAGUUGUUAGAAAUAAUUCCAGAUUCCUCUGAUCUUACUUUUAUCUUGGAUAGGCACGGUGGAAUUGCCAAAGCUAAAAAGAAAUGGUAUCCACAGUCACACCACGGUGCAUGUCUUGUCCAUAUCCAGAGAAAUGUUCACGGUAAAUACAAAGGUUCCGGUCAGAAAAGGUUGGUCGGAAAGGCUGGAGAAGCGUUCACAGUUUCUAAUUUCAAGAAACUAUACGCAAGGCUGAAGGAUGUUGAUUAUGGUUGUUGGGAGUACAUGGAAAAAUCUCUCUUGCGCUGUGGACUAGAUCACACUUUUCUGGUCAGAGGUAUAAUAUGA